AUGCCCCCACCUCCACGCGUCCCUUGUCUUCGAAUCGCCGUGGCCGAGUUGCCAGAACUGGGCGCGUGGUGCGUGGCGGGGAAUAAAGCUCCCUACGGCUCGGGGAGGGCAGGUGUUCUGGCGCUCUGGGCCCUAAUCACGCAUGUGAUGUAUGUGCAGGAUUACUGGAGGACCUGGUUAAAAGGGCUGAGGUUCUUCCUCUUCAUCGGGAUCCUCUUCUCAGCUCUCUCAGUGGUGGGAUUCUGCACAUUCCUCGUUCUGGCCAUCACCAAGCACCAGUCCCUAACUGAUCCCAGAAGCUACUACCUGUCGUGCGUCUGGAGUUUCAUCUCCUUGAAAUGGGCCUUCCUGCUCAGUUUGUACGCUUACCGGUACAGGAACGAGUUUGCAGACAUCAGUAUCCUCAGUGACUUCUAACGCUUGGACUUCAAUCCUCUCUGAAGGUGCUGGAUGUUUGAAUUGCCCCCCAAAGGCAUGGUACACGCAAGAGAUGUACAAGAGGCGGAGAAGGAACCCACCCAGUGCUGCUUGGUUUGUCUGUCUGCAGUAGGGGUUUUUCCUAAUUGCUUUUACUCAACCAUUUAAAGUUUGGCUAAUGAUGUCAAUCUAGUCUUUCUGUAACUUCCCUGGGAGUCCCUCUGUCUGGUGGUGAGGCGAAAGACUCCACGUGCUUACACACAGCAGGCCUAGAUCC